AUGGCCUCAGAAUGUCUCAUUUGCUUUGAGCUCAUUGACCCUGUGAUAAGCUACUAUAUUGGAAGCUAUAAUGCUGAACAUCAACCCGACUCCGAGGAUCCUGCUUGGGAGGCGUCUCGAUUUUGUUUGGAUUGUGUGAUGCAACUUAAGGCGACGCAAUACAAUAAAUUCGUUAACGACUGUGUAAAUAGUUCCUGUGAAAGAAGUAUGAGAAGACUUAUGGAAUCUGGCCCGCCUAUAUAUUUGCAUGAUGAACAUGGAUUCCCUCUUGCCAAAGAUUUCUCUCCCGUGUGGCUUAAGUACAAGGACAUCAACAAUGAAACGAUUGUCGAGACAUCACGACUAACAAAUGCACCAAUUGGAGAUGAACGACUGGCAGUAUGGAAUGAGUUAAAACAGUUUGUUCCAUUCCAAGAAACGCAUGGUACUUGA